GUGCUGGUGAGAGUGCUGGUGAGAGUGGCGAGUGUGCACACGGUCCAGCCAUGCGGCCAGGGACGGACGAGUACCGCCGCCGCCGGUCGCAGAGCCAACGCGCGUACAUGGCCCGGCAAAAGUCGCACACGCAGAGCCUCGCGAACGAGGUCAUGUCACUCUCUCAUGAGCUAGCUCGCCUCGAGGGCAGGCGGGACGUCCUCUCCGACAUGCUCUCCCAGUCGAUCGCGAUGAACGAGACGCGGUCCGAGCGGCUCAUGCACGAGUACGUACGCACGUUUGCACAUGGCUUCCGCCAGCGGGACGUGGUCAUGGCCAGUAAGCAAGACCGCUUCCUCCGCGCCAUCAUGGACCCGGCCAUGGUCUUCCAAGGUAGGCACUCGCUCGAUACGUUCAUGCGCAUCUUCCAGCACUACUCGUCGACACACGCGGGCUUCGCCAUGCGCUUCGUCUCUUGCCACGUGACGCUUGCGGACGACGGUGGGCUGCUCGCGUGCACACUGCAGCUCGUCGUGCAGCAGCGCAUGACGCGUGCGUCGCUAGCUCUGUACUUUCCCCACAUCCUCCACGACGAGGUCCUCGUCCAGGAGCUCAUCGGACACACCAUGGAGAUCCCGCAGACGUCCGUCUUUUCGUUCGGGCUCGACGGGCGCAUCGUCGCAUAUGACACGAGCAUGGCCCUCGCCACCGCACUCGCCAAGGUCUUGCGGUCGCUGGAACGGGCAACUUUUGUAGUGAGCCAUAGCAAGCUCACGGAAGCGCCACCAGAGCAUCCGCUCUGAGUAUUGGAUACAUGACGUGGCAUUCUCUCGUGUCACUUGAACUGGCGUGCUGCACAA